AUGCUGCAGCUUCGACUUCGAAAGGCUGCGAAAGCUCUGGUAGUCCUGGCACUGCUACAACAUCUUGGUUGCGUCUUCAUUCCUUUGAGAUUUCGACCAACAUCUUCGGAUACCGGACGAGAGGUGACGCAAGUGCAAAGACCCGUCAUAGCAACCCAGGAGCCACCCGUGGAGACACCCCCCACUAAAGAAGCCGAAGAGGAGAACGUGCCCAGCCUUGUUGAGGUGGAAGAAAGUCUCGAGAUUGCUGCCAACGACUACCUGGUUGACCUCAAGAAGGAGCUGACCAUGGCCUCGCAGCGCCGCAACGAGACGAGCAUGGUCACCAUCCUGAAUCAUUUUGGGCCCAACUCCAGGGACAAGUGGCUGGGCUCGCUGCUACUUCAAGCCUUGAAAGAUAUCCUCCCGGAGCUUUCCGGUGCCGAGCUUGGCUUCUUAGUGAUGUCCAUGGCAUAUUCCGAAAUCCGGGCUGCAUCUGUAUGGCGAAUGCUGGCAGAGGCUGCCAUUGAAGCCGCACUGAUCGAAACACAUCCUCGAUCACUCGCAGAGCUUGCAUUCGGCUUUGCAUGGGUUCAGUGGCAACAGCCGGACCUCUUUGCCGUCCUGCAGGUGGCCAUGGGCUUCUGCAAGGAGAAGGCAAGCGAAGAGCAGAAGCGGGCUUUUGCUUGGUCUUGCAGUCGUGCUCAGCAGCCGUGUACCAGACUGUUCGGCAAGCCCUCUCCAAAAGUGGAUACGAGCGUUGCGUCGAAGUUCUGGAACACUCUUACAGGAAUGUCUAGCGCAAAGUCCAAUGCGAAGACAUUGAUCCUUGACCCUUUGCCAGUGCUGCUCCUGCCGGAGGCCGUGCCCGCCAGGCACUGCGAUGCGCUCGUGCAACUUGCGGACGCGCAAAAGCUCUGGAUGAAUUCGAGUCAGCUCAUCGCCAGCAACGACAGGGCCACUCGUCAAGAGAUUUUGCGCACCUCGCGGACUUCUUCGACAGCCCUCCUUGCCUGGCACGAGUCGCACCCAUCAGUCAGAGCCGUGCGCGAGUGGGCUGCCAGAACGCUGCAAGUCCCGGAGGAUUUCAUUGAGCCCCUGCAGCUGGAGCGAUACACGCCGGGGCAGAAGUUCGGAAAGCACACGGACUGGAUUGGUGAGAAGCACCCUGGACUAUGGGCGUUUGGUCAACGCAUGGCAACACUGCACGUUUACCUGAACACGGUGCCGAAAGGCGCCGGGGGAGAGACUUCCUUUCCGGAGCUGAAAGUGGAGGUCUCUCCACAAAAAGGAUCCGCCAUCUUAUGGCCAAACGUGGAUGCCACAGGCACGCCGGAGAAGAAGGUUCUGCACGAAGCACUCCCUGUGAAUGGCAACCAGGUGAAGUAUGCGAUGAACAUUUGGGUCCGUGGACGAUCGCAGCCCGAUCAGACGUGGAUCAAGUGGCACCGCUGA